AAAUCCGGAAUAUGUUUUGAUCACAGAGGGCGCUGAUCAUGAACAGACAACGAUCAUUGAUGUCAUUGAUUUUUCUCUGAGGCAGCUUCCCACUCAUUAAUGAAUAUGGUUUGAUUUGUAGUGAAACAACAGAUUUUAAUUCGUGUUGACAGAAAUGAAUAGACCCAGACAUUUAUCGAGUUCUGGUAACUCACUGUAUGAAUUACUAAGUUUAGAAAAAACAGCAACACAUGAUGAUAUCAAAAAGGCUUAUCGCAGGUUGGCUUUAAAGUUUCAUCCAGAUAAAAAUCCAGAUGAUCCAUCUGCCUCAGAAAAGUUUAAAGAAAUAAGCCAUGCCCACACAGUAUUAAUAGACACAACACGGCGCCAAAUAUAUGAUGAAUAUGGAUCUAUGGGACUAUGGGCUGCUGACCAGUUUGGUGAAGAAAAUGUUAAUGUAUAUUUGAUGCUUACCAGUAAAUGGUGUAAAGCAUUUUUUGUAUGUUGUGGUCUGAUAACAUGCUGUUAUUGUUGUCUUUGCUGUUGCUGCUGCUGUGGAAAAUGUCGACCAGAACAUCCUGAGGAGGACUACGCAAAUUUACAUACUCCUUUGCAGGAUGAAUUCAGUUCCACACCCGAAGAAUCACCAGUGACCUCACAACCCCAGGGUGGGGCUAUACCUAUCCCAGCUCCAGGUAACGAUAAUGUUACCGAAUCCACUACACUAAAACCAGAGGCCAAAAGUUAUGGUGCAGGAGAAGAUUCACCGAAAGCUCCAGAAAAAGUAGCUGAAAAUGGAGUCAAUAGACAGAGUUAACCAAAAGAGAACUUAGAACAAAUUAUUACCCAUUAUACAUUAAAAAUUGUAUCAGGAUGUAAUGCAGUUAUGUAAGCUGGCAGUACUAAUAAAAUAUACCCCUUCCCUGAAAUUUGUUAUGACUGGAUUCAUUUAUUUUUUUGUGGGUACCAAAUUUCGUGGAUAUACAUGAUAUAGGAGAAAUUAUAUUUUCGUGGCUAUUUGAUUACAUAUUGUUGUUAAAGUCUGAAAACAAGUCUAUAGAAAGCUUAUACUUUGUUGAACGUUUAAAUUUGUGGUUCACCUUUAUCCAUGAGAUCCAUGAUAAUUGGUAACCAAUGAAUGAUAAUGAAUCUACUGUAUAUUAAUUGUUUAAUCUUUGAAGAAUAUAAUGUUUAGUCUAUUUAUAACAAUUAUUCUGUAUCUAUUUAUUAAAUUUUCUUACUUUAAAGGCACAAAAAUGACUUUGUAGUAUUUAUUGUGAUAUCUCUUGUAUCCAACAUUUAAUUAUGUUUCCUUUACUUUAUAUUGUUUUACACAUUGUUGGCUAGAAUAUAUGUAUUUUAAGAAUAUCUAUUGACAUUAGUUAAACAGAAUCUGUUUAAAUCUAGGUAGAAUUUAUAAGAUAAAAUAUAGUUUUACUCUAAAGCUAGAACAUAAGCAAUUUUUGUUGUGGGACCUCAUAAAGCAUUUCUAGUUGUGUAGAACUAUAUUGCUAGAAUUUUUACCAUAUAAAUUCUUAUUAGUUGUUUCAUUAAUUAAGUGCAAUAUUCAUACGUGAAUAUGGUUUGCAUGAGUAGUGUGAAAGAACAAUAGUUUUAAAUUUUCAAAAACUGGAUUUAUUUAUUCUUGUUGGUACAUAUUUUCGUGGAUUGAGGAUUAUUGUGUUUUUGUGGAUAUUUGAUAUCGUGGUUUUGCCAAAGUCUGCAUACCAGCCUUUAGAAAACGUGUGAAUUAUUAAACAUAUAAAUUUCAUGGUUCAUCUUUAACGACGAAAUCCCUGAAAAUAAGUAUGCCACAAAUAAUAAUGAAUCCAAAGUAGGUAUAGAACCAAGAUUGGUAUAAGAUUUAUGGACGGGUACUGAUUUUUUUUCUUUUGUCUUGGAAAACGAUAUCUGUCUAUCUAUCAGCUGAACUUAAGAUUUGAUCUAGCUCUCAAUUACUGGAAGGAAUUAAGUUCAAUACUUCUGUAGUUUGUAAUUUCGGUAGCAGCUACUAACCUAAGUUCUGAUCUACAAGACUAAGACCACCUUGACUGAUUCUGAAGUUAGUUUUCUUAUUUUGUAUAAUUGUUGCAGAUCAAAGGAGGGUUGAGCAUUCUCAGAUAGAAUAGUGAUAUAAUAUUAAUUGUAAAAUAUAUCAUCACAUGACUGAUUUUUCUUACUUUUAAACAUUUUUAUUUGUUUGAUAAGAAGUAAAAUAUUGUUCUCCGCUUCCUUCUCUCUCUAAAAAAAAGGUUGAUAGCAGAAAAAGAUUUUCUUUUAUUAAUUUCAAAAUGGAAGGGACCCAUAUAUUAUAGUGCUAAAUUUUUAUUCCUUAGACAUUAAAACUCUUUGGAUUAAAAAUUGAUCCUAAUACAAACUUAAUACUCAGAUCCAAUACUAAUUCAAUGUGAGUAUCCUGUACUAAUUCAAUGUGAGUAUCCUGUACUAUGAAUGAAGAUUGAAGAACUCAUUCAUACAUUUAUUAUACUGAAUGGUUGUGAAGUUUAUAUGAACUUUUAUUGUUUAAUUGUAGAAAUCCUAUUAUUUAUUUGUAAUUAUUUCUACUGUAUAUAUAUAUACUAUUUGUAUAUUUUAUAUCUGUCAUUUAUUGUAAGUUUUACUAGCAUUUCUGCUCGUAAAACAGUUAAAAUGAAUUUAUUGAAUACCAGGGUAUUUUCUUUUUGGGAAUUUAGAUGAAGUUUUGGUAAGGAAUUUCUUGAUAAUAUUAAAAUUAAUUGCUGUUUAAUCAUCAUGGAGAAUUCUAUUACCAAACAUACUUUUUUUCUCUCUGCAUUACAGGCAAAAAAAAUUGCCGAUUCUUGUGUUUCAUCCAUUUUGUCUUUGCUCACUCUGUACAUGUUUUGAACUAAAUGAUUUUUUGUUUUCAUACCUGACAGUACUGCCCCUUAACUGUGGAGUGGCAAAUAAUUUAUUUUUCCUUUGGGGAUGGCAGUGGCAAAACUCUUUAUAAUAUGGGACUAGUUUUGAUAAGGAUAUAUUUUCUACACUUCGUCACUACUUUUGAGAGACCAAAUACAUAGUGCUUUGUUAUUUUAUCCAUGUAUUUUUCAAACCUAUUUUAAUGGCUUAUAUAUACUCAAGAAAUUCAAGUAAUGCUUUCAGUUCUAAAAAUACCCAUUAAGGUAAUAUUGAAAUUGGAGUUAUCUUCCUUUGUUCAUACUUAACAAUGGAUUCAUAUGAUAAGGACCAUUUUAUUUUCUUUCCAGUAAUGAGGGGCCUGAUGGGGGGUCUCAUCACGAUUCACGAGUUGAUUUUUUUGUCAAUCACGAUUCACAGAAAAUAAAUUUCCAUGAUCACGGAUCACGAAAAUAUUAAAAAAAAAAAAAUCUGUAGAAAAACGGAUCACGAUAGCGAAAAUGAGCCGAUCACGAAAAACGAAAAUAACCCAUCAGGGCCCUCAGUAAUAUAACAUGUUAAGAUAACACUCUAAUUUACUCAGUUCCUAAUUUAUCUACUUAUCUUCAAAUCACAUGGUACAUUUUUUACAUUUGUUUACUAAUUUAUUGUAUGUAUUAUAUCUGUUUGUGAAAGAUAACAUGAUGACUUCCUUAAGUAGUUUCCUACAGGAGAUGUAGGUUAAAGUAUUCCAUUAAAAAUCAUGUGAUCAUUUAUAUUGUGUUAUAAUAAACAAAUAAACAUUUACUGCUCUUA